AUGGCGAGCAUGAAGAACAUAAAACUAUCAGAGGACAAGAGAAUCGCAAGCAUCGAGCCUGGAAACACAUGGUUCGAUGCGUACCACGCCCUUGAAUCAGAUAAUCUCGCGGUCAUUGGGGGCCGCGUCGCUGCCAUCGGCGUAGGAGGACUGACCCUAGGUGGAGGAAUAUCCUUCUACUCAAGUCAGUAUGGCUGGGCAUGCGACAAUGUGGCUUCCUUUGAAGUGGUGACAGCAUCCGGCGCUAUCAUCACGGCUUCGCCAACGAGCCACGCAGACUUGUACUGGAGUUUACGUGGGGGCGGUAACAACUUCGGCAUCGUGACCAGGUUCAACCUCGAGACCAUUCCGCAGAGCCUGAUGUGGGGAGGCUCACGAAUACUCCUUGAACCUCAAUUCCCCGCUGCAAUCGACGCCUUCUCCAACCUCGGCGUCAACUCACCCCAAGACGUCGCCGCGGCCCAAAUCCUCUCGUUCGUAUAUUAUCAGAAUACCAAGAGCGCGUCGGCAGACUUGCAGCACGCGAAGCCUAUUGCGAACGCCUCCAUCUUCUCUGAGUACCUCGCUAUCCCAGCUACAAGUGAUACUACGAGCGUCCGCACACUGGCCAAUCUAACCCUGGAUUUCAACAACAAGAAUCCAAACGGCUUGCGCGAAAGCUACUGGACGGCGACCUUCAAGCUAGACAGGGACUUUACGGCGUUCAUCAAAGACGUGUUCUUUGAAGAAGUCUUGUCCAUCGCUGACGCCGACGCGCUGAUACCCGCAAUCACGCUACAAGUCAUCACCAUCCCCAUGUUGCGCAACUUCGCCAAACACGGCGGUAACGCACUUGGCUUAUCGAAGGAGGACGGGCCGUUCCUCCUGAUCGAUUCGAGUACGAUGUGGGCGGAUGAGGCGGACGAUGAGCGGAUUCUAAGGACGCAUCGGAGGAUCAUUGAGAGGUCGGUGGAGGAGGCGAAGAAGAGGGGGCUCUUUGUCGAGUACAUCUACAUGAACUAUGCGAGCCAGUUCCAGGAUGUCAUCCCGAGUUAUGGGGCAGAGAACCACGCGAGGUUGAAAGCUGUGGCGAAGAAGUACGACCCCCAAGGCGUGUUUCAGGUGUUGCAGCCUGGGUACUUCAAGUUGGACGGCGUGUCGUCACGAUAUAGGGAGUGA